AUAUGAGGUGGAAAAAGAAAUAUUCAGCAGUGAUGAAAUCUGAAAAGGGGGGGGGGGUGGUUCAGUCCUUCCAGUCCCUCCCGAUCCCACCGGCGAAGCUUGGCGGGCCAAAGGCCGUGCGUAAAAUCGUUAAUCGACCUCCAAAAUCCACAACGUUUGCCGCGAAUGAUGAACGCACCUAGGGACGAUAUUUGCAGAGAAGCGAAUGAGAAUGCGAGCGACCAAGAAAAGAAAAAAGACACUCGCAGACGGUAAAAUGAAAAGUGCCACGGGAGAAACUGGGAAGCACCAAUGUCUCGGCUACCUACAGCUAGGUAUUGUACCCUUCUUACUAAGCCUCUCCUCUCUCUCCAUUCACGCUUCCAUUCAUCAGGAAGCGUUGUUGCCCCCCCCCCCCCGGCCGAAGUCUGUGUGAUGUUUAGAACAUCUUUUUCUUUCUCGGGGGUUGAUCAUCAUAUCCUUUCUCAUUCCAGACUUCCAGUCCGUCCGUCCGUCGCUUCCCGUCGGCGGGAGGCUCACCUUUUUUUUUUUUUUCGUCCCCUUCUCCACAAUCUCACCGGUUUACCGGGAUUUCUCCCACACCUGGUCGUGCUGGUCCAACUAGCAAUAAGAUCCGUCCCGCGUUUUUUUUUUACUCAUUUCCAACCUCCCUCUUACCCCCUGUCCGUCCCGCGGCUUUCAUGUGCGAUGGGAGGCGAAAGGGUGUUUAGUGAGCAUCGCUUGUUGGUCAGGUUGAAUACGUUGAAACAUAUUCGUCCACACCCAUUCCGUGCAACACUCAACAGGAUUCAAAGUCGUGUGGAUCGAUACUGCUUAUCAACGCCACAGUGUCAUCAUAAAGGAGGCCAGCACGAGAAAGAGCGAGGGAACGAGAAAGGAGAAAAGAAUAAAACCGCCCUCUUCCGCAUUCCUCCCUUCGUCGUGUCUGUGUGUACGGAGUACAGUGCACAGUGUAGCUGUCUCCCUCUCAGACCUCGCAACACGAAAAUCUUGUACUCGUUAUAUCACAGCCCGCUGCGAGGUAACACGACAUUUACGCCCGAUAUUGCUUCUUUUCCAACAUUGUGUGUGGGAGAGUAGUGUAUACGGGAGAAGAUAUGCGUGCGUAUUGUGUAGUGUAGUGUAUGGGUCUAUCUAACCCCCCUCCAAUGAUCCGAGAAAAUAAAUCCCUCCUCAGAGAACGCCUUCAUCAUUGGCGUUUGCUCUCUCGGCCGAGUCAUCUCAGACAAUCGUUACAAUUACCCGAGGGGCAACGGUGACAAUGGAGGGGGUGGGAUAAAUGUUGACUCGCAAUCCUUGCAUUCUUUU